AUGCCGCGAGGAACCGCCCUGAAGCGACGGAUUCGGGUGACUAAGCGACUGCGGAAUAGCACCGCGGCAGCAUACGCGGGGGAUGGGGAGAAGCGGCAAAGUGCGGCAGCCGCUGGCGCUAGAUGUUAUUGGCAAAUCCAAACCCUCGAAUCCUCAGCCCUAAAACCUCUCAACACCGCUUCACCCCCCCCUUCUACAAUCCAAACCGCCAUCGACGAGCUGACAUCGCUCAUUGAGGCACACCCUGCGUAUCCAUCUGCCUACAACAAUCGCGCCCAGGCGCUACGGUUGCUGCAUGGCUCGGAUCUCACAGUUGCUUCGGCGAAUGAGAGCGCUAUAAUGACCGAUCUCGCCGAAGCAAUCCGGUUAUGCACGCCCACAACCACAGGACUCCAAGCCGACAUCCUAGCCAAGGCCUACACCCAGCGCGGCGCCGUCCUCCUCUUAACCUCAACCACGAUGCGAACGCUCGAGACCGACAGUAGCAAGAGUGAAGGAGCAGUGCAGGUGCAGGUGCUGGGCAGCAAAUCAGCGGACGAGGUGGAGGAGAUGGCGAGAGCGGAUUUUAGGGAGGGAAAGAGGUGGGGCGGGGAGGUGGCGGGGGAGAUGGAUGUUAAGAUGAAUCCGGUGAGGAAGUUGUGUGGUGAGAUUGUGAGAGAGGCGAUGGUGAGGGAUUUGAGGGAGAGUGGGGUGUUGCCGGCUGAGGAUUAG